CCAGGCUGCAUAUUAUUGCAUACAAUCAUACCGUUUUUGUUGCUGGUUGGGGCGAAUGGAAAUUUGUUGUUGCAACGAAUUCGCUAGUGAAAAUUGAAUGUUUUUGCUUUUGCCAUCGGCAACAAUGAAUUUGAAGUUCAUGGUCGGAGUGAACAAAAGCGAAAAUUAGCGGAACUUGGAGCGACGGAGGAAAGUGGACCGGCCAACAACUAGACACAAUGAUUCUGUGAAUAGCUACUGCCGGUCGUAGAUGCUCCAAAAUUUCAAACGGCCUAUCAACGAUCCACAUAUAGUGUUUUUUAAAAGAAAAGUAAUUAAAUUGCGUCCGUUAAAGCUGCGUGCGGGACUAGUAAUUAAAAGAAAUUUAUUAGAGGUUGUAAUCAAGAAAUUAAAUUUAGAGGACUCGGGGUAAAAUGCGGAAAAAAAAAUUGGAAGGUGUACCGAACAUAUUAAAGAAUUAAGAGGAUUUUAUUGCUGAGCAAGUUUAGCCAGCGCUGUCUAUGGCGUUCUUUAUGGAAUACGGGAGGGUUCUUGAUUCUACGGAAAACACGGUCUCUGACUACAAAAACCAAUAGGGAAACUGCAAAAAGGUUGUCCUCGUUACCAUGUCAACAGUAUAAUUCUUUCUUGCAAAAAGAAAGGGAAUGUUAGCGCCUUUUAUAUUCGAAACCUAUAUUUUUGUUUAACUAAGAUGGGAUUGAGUCAGAGUAAAAGGUCUAUAGGGACCGAUUGUGGCCGCUUGGAAGAAUGGAUGACUCUAUUGCGAAAAGAUAUCAGAGAACAUGUUCCAAUCAUACAUUUGGCAAUACCAGGUUCUCAUAAUUCAAUGACUUUCAAAAUAACAAGGAAAUCGAAAUUGGCGCCAGACGCGGAAAAAGUUGUACAAAGAGUUUAUAAAUGCUUGCCGUGGUUCAUUGCCAAGUGGGCGAAGACACAAAGUUACACUACAACGGAUCAAUUGAAGUUCGGAAUACGAUUCUUCGAUUUACGCAUCAGCCAAAAAGAGACCACCGACAUAGAGGAUCGCUACUACAUUGUUCAUGGUCUCUUCUCGACGCCAAUGGAAAGUGAAAUGCGUGAAAUUAAAACGUUCCUUGAUCAACAUCCAGGGGAACUGGUUAUUUUAGACUUCCAGCACUUUUACGAAAUCUCAUGUGAUGAUCAUGACAUAAUUCAUACAUUUCUUACGAAUUUGUUUGGCGAUAAGAUCCUCACUAUGAAUGACGGUCCCCUGACUGAAUUAACCCUAGAUAAAGCGUACAAACUGCGAAAGCAACUACUUAUUGUGUAUCGAUCUGCUUACAAUUCAAUCUACUAUUGGCCGGGAGCUUAUUUUCCAACGCCUUGGCCAAACACGGCGAAGUUGAAAGUUCUGAAAGAGUUCUUAGUCAAAUCGCUGCAAAAUCGAUCGAUGGACUAUGGUUGGAUCACACAAUGUGUUUUAACGCCUGAUUCCAAGUAUAUCGUGCUCCGACCACGUUCCAAUCUAGAAUUGACUGCAAAAAAGGUAUGGAAUUACCUUGACGAUUGGAUAAAAGCACAAACGCCUGGAUCAUUGGACAACGGCAGUACUGAAUGCGUGAACAUUUUGAUUGCGGACUUUGUCAAUAUAAAAAAUUCGUCGUUCAUUUCUACUGUAGUCGACCUUAAUAAUAAGAUUCCUUAUCAAGAUGCGCCAGCAGAGAGGAUUCAAAAAGAUUCUAAGAUUUAUCCAGAUAAGGAGAAGCUACUGAACGGCAUAAUAGAGGAAUACCUGCCUUAUUAACUCAAUUUAACACGCCAGCUUUACUAAUUUUUUACAAUUAUUCUAUAAGCUUUUAAUACGCGCAUUGUUAUUUCGAAUUUUUGUUAUUUAAAAAAAUAGUUGCUUUGAGAAAUAA